AUGCUCAUGGAGCUUCCAAAUGAAAUCCUGGUACUCAUCAUCCAGGCGGUCGAUCGCGACUUGACCGACUUGCGGAACCUCGCCCUCACCUGUCGCGCACUCCUCCCAGUUACUCGUGAAGAGCUCUUCUCCGAGUCGAUCGUGAACGUAUGUGCUCUUCUGGAGCCACACAUCCGCCCGUACUCCGACCACAUCACCAAGCUGCGGAUCGAGGAGCCUAAUUCUGAGUCAAACAACGUCGCGAACGGCCGCUUCAUCCCGUACCUCGACCCACACGCACUCCCCAGGCUUACAACCCUCUACUUCAACGGCCUCAACGCGUGGUUCUUCGUGAAGAUGCCGACGUCGUUCUACCAGGCGUUAUCCUCUCUGACGUCAGUCACCACACUCGCUCUCGGCAGCGUGUACUUCGUCAACUUCCGGCAGAUCCAGGCCUCGGUCUGCUCCCUUCCGAGCCUGUCGGAACUCUCGCUGCAGGACGUCGGGUACAUUCCGUGGACCGGGGACAUGCCAGAAGGUUACGACCAGUGGGCGGAGGGCCUCCCCGAGAUUACGACACGGCCGCGGCUCUCACGCCUGAUGAUCGCUCCCUCCUCCGCGACCGAGGACGUCGUGCCUUGGUUGGCCUCCGGGCCGAGCAAAGACUCGCUGACCACUUUGGUGGUCCCGCACCGCGCCAACACCCCGCAAAAGGUGCUGAGCCACUUCGGGCCGAACAUCGAGCAUCUCAGCAUCCACCUCCACGAAUACGGCAAUAAAACGUACUAUACCAGAAUUAUCAAGGGGUACACGAACUUGCGCACCUUGAGGUUGGUCCUGGACGCUCUGGUGGAGGCGCCACACGCCUGGACACUGGACGUCCUGCGCAUGCUUGGGUUUUGGAUCCGCGCGCAGCACUUGCACACCAUCGCCAUCGACGUGCUGAUCCCCUGCGAUGUGCUGGAGCGCUGCGAGUGGCAGCUCGAUGCGCAGCUCGACUGGGAUAAGCUCCGUUUGCUCGACGGCGUGCUGGCCGGCCCGAAGUUCGCGGUGCUCGACACGGUCGAGUUCACUGUGCAGUGGAUCGGAGAGUGGGACCCCGAGGAGGAGAUGCGGGCGGCGCUCGCGAAGAGGAUUGAGGAAACCCUGCGCAAGGUCGCGGAGACGAGGAGGCUGGUCACGAGCGUGCGAGGGAUGAAGGAGGUGCUUCCGCGCGCGCAUCGGCAGGGUCCGCGCCCGGAAGCUGCGUGA